AUGACAUCAAUUACAUAAGAAUAUUCUUUAAAUGAAUUUCAAUCAUCUAAUUUUCACAAAGUAUACAGAUAAAUUUUAUAGUGUAGCUUAUAAUAACAGUAUUCUAUGAUAACGAUGAUUAUAAAAAAAGAUUAGAGGAUUUAUUAAAAAUAUUACCUCUAGAUGUUGAAAAGUAUGCUUUAUCAUAUUGUAAUGACGAAUAAAUAGCAAGAAAUCAUAAUGUAAAUCAAUAAUAAAAUUUAGAUUUAAUAAUUACCUUCUGUUUUAAUUUCAUCAUAUCCAUAAUUAAUAAAUGAUUAAAUAUUCAGUCUGGAACCUGCAUAAAUUAUACUAAAAUUAGAAGAUAUAUUUGAACAAUUUGAAACUUAAUUCAGAAAUCAAUAAUAAAACUAUUUUUAAAAGAUUGAAUCUAUGAUUUAAGAAAAUCCAAUAAUGCUAUUUAUUGUAGGAACUCCUGAAAAACCAAUGUGUAGAUUUACAUCAAAGCUUAUUUAGAAAUUAUAGCCUUUUGGUAUUCAAUUUGGAUUUUAUGAUAUUGAAAUUGAUAAACUUAUGGUUAAUUAUUUAAAACUAUACUCAAAAUGGCAAACUUUUCCUUAAGUUUUUGUGAAUGGUAAACUAAUAGGAGGAGCUGAUGUAUUUUUUUAUUAUUUAAAAGUAAGGCAACAGUAGAAUUAAUUGAGUAAAAGAAAUUUGCGGAAUUAAUACCAAAAGAUGCUUUUAUGACGAAAACUUCAAAAUUAGAAUAAAUUUAAUUAAUUUCAAAAUACAUCAUUUUAAUAGAUGGGCAACCUGAUUAAAAUUGUGAAAUUGCCAGAAUCUUAACAGAAAAGAAAAUUCCUUAUCAAUUUUACAACAUUGGAAUGGAUUAAGAGGUUAGAUCAGAAGUUCUCAAUUUUCUCUCUAGUUAUAUUGAAACAUCUCAUAAUUUAGAACCUCUACUAUUAUAUAAAGUAAUUAUAUUUAAUUUAUUAGAAUACAAUAUAUAAUGAAAUAACUUUAAAAAAAGAAUUGAGUAUUUUAUAAUGA